AUGGAGGAUGCCCUUGGGGACGUCAGCAGCGAAGAUCUGGAACUGGAAACCAGCGAUUUCAAUGCCACGUAUCCCUUCUACCGGUUCACGCUCGAAGCCACGCGUGAGAAGGGCUACGUCGGGGACAUCGCUGAGUUUGCACUCUUCGACCCGAAGCACCAACGGCUCGACUUAACUCCUGGAGGACCCGUCGUUCUGACAGCCACGCUGACAGACGACAUGAACCAAACCAUCAGUGGCACAUGGGACCCCAAGUAUGCUCUGGAUGGGGACCUGCAAACCAAGCUCGCGCUACACGUGGGCUAUUCGCUAGAGCUCAACGUGCAAUACGGAGUUGUCGUCGGCAGCGCGGGCUUCGUGACCUCGAACGAUACACCGGAACGCGAUCCGGCAUCCUUCGUGGUCUCUGGCAAGGCAUAUGCAGGUCCAUGGAACGUUCUUGUGAAGCAUGUGGGCUUCGAAGCUCCACAAGACCGUGGUGUGAUGGUUGGACCUUUCGUCUGCAGCUCCAUGCAUGGUCGCCAGAGUGAUCCGGCGAUUGAUGGGCUGCCCAGCUGGAGGAAGGUUGAUGGAUGGGCCGAAACCACCUCCACCACCGAGGCCCCGACGACGACAGAGCCGCCAGAAACCACUUCGACACUGGCGCAGACAACCCCGAGGCCCAAACCCGAGACAGCAAAGCCUACAACCCCCACGCCCACGACCAAGGCGCCAGUCCCAACUACCACCAAAAGCACCACGCCUGAGACAACAGUAACGAAGGCCACCACGACACCAAAACGUACGACAGCAACAGCCUCGACGACGACCACUGCGUCAACCACCCAAGCCACGACUACCACAACGACGGAGCCGCCUAGCACGACGACGCCGACCACAAAGACAAGCACCUCAACAACCACCACCAUCACCACCACCACGGUGACCACCACGCUCCUUACGCCUGAGCUGGUUGGAAGCCAGGCGGCUUCGGAGGCCAGAGCUGCGGGCCAGUCCGUGGAUGAGCAGGCAGCGGCUGCAGCGAAGGCAGCCGUGGACUUGGCCCAGCAAAGGCAAUACACACUGCAGCAGCAGCUGGAGGUCGCCGGAGCCGUGGCUGCGGCUGCCGUGGCCGCAAGUGGUGGCAGCCUAGAGGAGCAGGCCUCGGCAGCGGGCGUCGAGAGUGCCAAGGUUGGGGGCAGCGAUGGUCAGACCCUGGAGCAGCAGGCCUCCUUUGCAGGGCAGGCGGCGGCAGAAGUGGUCCAGAAGUCCGGCGGACCGGCGGAGGCGCAAGCGGCUGCUGCAGGGCAGGCGGCUGCAGCAGUGGCCCGAAGCUACAAUGAAGGCACCGAGCAGCAAGCCUCACUGGCUGGCCAAGCAGCGGCAGAUGCAGGCAGGUUGGCCGGCAUGAGCUCGGAGGAGCAGGCUGCCGCAGCUGGCAGAGCGUCGGCCAUGGCAGCAAAAGUGGAGGGCGCAUCUCCCGUAGACGUUGGGCUGGAUGCUGGCGAGGUUGCGGCAAGGGAAGCCGCAGAGGCCGGAGAGAGCAUAGACGAGCAAGUCCGAGCGGCGUCAACAGCGGCCGCGUCGGCUGCCAAGUUGGCAGACGGAACUGCCUACGAGCAAGCCGCCAGCGCAGGCCAGGCAGCCGCAGAGGCGGCCAAGACGCAGAUCCCGGAGCAGCAAGCAGCAGCUGCUGGCAAGGCUGCGGCUGAGGCAGCCAAGGGUGCCGGAUUGUCUGGAGCCGAGCAGGCGAAGUUGGCAGGAGAAUCGGCCUUCAAAGCGUCGGCUCUAGCCGGGCUUAAGUUGGAGAAGCAGAUCUCGGCAGCUGGAGCAGCAGCAGAGGAGGCCGCCAAGGCUGCCGGCAUGUCACCUGAGGAACAAGCAGCAGCCAAGAGUGCUGCGAAAGCUGCGGCGAGUCCUACGGGGGCAACGCCGACGGAGACCAGCGCGCCAUCGCCAAAAAAGGUGCCGAAGCCAUCCAAGGAAUCCAAGGCCAGUGAACGAGAUCCCUUGGAUGUCGGCCAGGAGGCAGCCGAGCAGGCGAAGGCUUCUGGCAAAGCCCUGCAGGAGCAGGCAGCCAGAGCCGGGGAGGCUGCUGCAAGUGCAGCCAAAGACCAGCAGUACACUCCCACUGAGCAGGUAGAAAUUGCCGGCAAGGCGGCAGCAGCAGCUGCGAAAGCGGCAGGAGCACCCUUGUCGAAGCAAACUGAAGCUGCUGGUGCUGCGGCUGCAAAAGUUGCUGCAGAUGAUGGACAGACCCUGGAACAGCAGGCAGAGGCCGCCGGGCAAGCCGGUGCAACAGCGGCCAAGGACAGCGGAGCUUCGGCAUCAGGCCAGGCGGCAGCUGCUGGACAGGCCGCCGCGGCCGUGGCGCGCCUGAACAACGAGGGAUCCGACAAGCAGGCCGAGCUGGCGGGCGACGCAGCCGCAGACGUGGCGCAGACCCUCGGACUGUCCCCGGAGGAACAGACGGCUGCGGCUGGAAAUGCGUCUGCCAGAGCCCUCAAAGCAGAGGGCGCAACUCCCACCGAUGUUGGGCUGGAUGCUGGCGAGGUUGCGGCAAAAGAAGCCGCAGAGGCCGGAGAGAGCAUGGACGAGCAAGUCCGCGCAGCGUCGACGGCAGCGGCAUCGGCUGCCAAGUUGGCAGGCGGAUCUGCAUACGAGCAAGCCGCCAGCGCAGGCCAGGCAGCCGCAGAGGCGUCCAAGACACAGAUCCCGGAGCAGCAAGCAGCAGCUGCUGGCAAGGCCGCGGCUGAGGCAGCCAAGGGUGCAGGAUUGUCUGGAGCCGAGCAGGCGAAGUUGGCAGGAGAAUCGGCCUUCAAAGCAUCGGCUCUGGCUGGGCUUAGGAUAGAGCGGCAGAUUUCGGCAGCUGGAGCAGCAGCAGAGGAGGCCGCCAAGGCUGCCGGCAUGUCACCUGAGGAACAAGCAGCAGCCAAGGAGGCUGCACUUGUUGCAGCCAACCCCACCACGCCAACGACCACAUCACGCACAACGGCGAUGUCCACCACAAGGCUGACCACAGAGAGCACGACGACGGUGUCAAGGAUUACGCCUGAAGAUGCUGGCAAGGAAGCAGCGGCGGAAGCGAGCGCCUUGGGGAAGUCCAUGAAAGAGCAGGCAGUUGCAGCUGCCGGCGCCGCGGUGGAUGCUGCCAGUGAUCUGCAGUACACCCCCCGAGAGCAGGGUGAGGCGGCGGCCCAAGCCGCAGCAGCAGUGGCCAAAGCCAACCGGGCCACCGUUGCCCAACAAGCCGCCCUGGCCGGAGCAGCCACGGCCCGGGUUGCAAGCGAUCAGGGCCAGACGGUCGAGCAGCAAGCUACGGAUGCAGGGCAAGCCGCAGCAGAAAUCGCCAAAGUUGCUGGUGCCGAGCCUUACGAGCAGGCUGCAGCAGCCGGCCAAGCAGCGGCAGCGGCAGCACAGGCCCAGAGUGAGGGGUCCGAGAAGCAGUCGGAGCUUGCCGGCGAGGCAGCGGCCGAGGCAGCCAAGAAUGCGAACAUGUCUGCGGAGGCCCAGGCUGAAGCUGCGGGGAACGCCUCGGCCAUGGCCGCCAAGGCCAACGGUGCCACCCCCGUGGAGGUGGGCGUCGAUGCUGGCGAGGUCGCCGCCAAGGAGGCCAAGGAGGCGGAGGAGACCCCUGUCGAGCAGAUCGAGGCCGCGGCCGAGGCGGCGGCAGAUGCCGCCAAGGCCACCGGCGCCGGUGCCGUCGAGCAGGCGGCCAGCGCGGGGCAGGCGGCCGCCAAGACGGCCCAGGAGGCCAGCCAGGUCCCCCAGCAGCAGGCCGCUGCGGCGGGCAAGGCCGCCGCGGAGGUGGCCAAGGACGCAGGCCUGAGCCUCGACGAGCAGGCCUUGGUCGGAGGCACCGCCGCGUUGAACGCCUCCAUCGCAGCGGGCCUGGACUACAAGGACCAGCUGGAAGCAGCUGGCACCGCAGCGGCGGCAGCUGCCGAGGCAGCAGGGGCCAACGAGGAGAAGCAGUCGGACCUCAAGGUGGAGGUCAUCGCUGAGGCGGAGCUCGCAGCUCGGUUGGUGGCCAAGUCUUCGGGAGGCACCGCGGCCAUUCAGGCCGCCAGUGCGGGGCUGGCUGCGGCUGAGGCUGCGAAGGACUUAAAAGUCAGCGCGGUGCAGCAGGCGGCCAUUGCCGGCAAGGCCGCAGCUGAGGCGGCCAAAGCCGCCGGCGCUGCGGUCGAGGAGGUGGCUGCAUUUGCCGGCCGAGCCGCACAAAAUGCUUCCGCAAGCGCCGGCGAAGGCCGCGAUCGGCAGAUUAAAGCUGCGGAGGACGCGGCAGUGGCAGGCUGCAAAUCCGCGGGCGGCAAGGCCGCCGAGGUGAGCGCAGCUCGGGAGGCCGCGGUGGUGGCUGCAAAGGCGCAGAUAUCCGCUCGUGCCAAGAAGACGAAGAACGCAAAUGCAGCGGUCCAAGAGCAAGAGGCCACGGAUGAGGAGGAUGAAGACGAGGAAGAAACGACGAUGAAGGCUUCGACCACCAAGGCUCUUCUCGGGGCCAGACCAGCAGAGUUCCAGAUUGAGCAGCUGAAGAUGACGAUGAGGAGGAACCACGACCGAGAAGAAAACUUCAACCACGACAGAGGUGCGAUGAUACUGUUGCUUGCGCCCAUUACCAACCAAACGUCCGAGCUGCCAUCCGUCCCUGCCGUUCCUGAUGCGGUGACUUCUCACCAACCGCUGAUCAGCCUUUGGCUCAAGCCAAGUAUCGCAUUUCCCUUCGCCAUGGCACCGUCGCCGGGGUGGGGGGUUCUGCUGCCGCUCCUGGUUGGCUUGUGCGAGGUGGCUCCAGCCGUGCAAGGACCCCCUUUGCAACAUCGAGGCAUCUCUGUGGCGGUGGAGCGUUGGGCAGCCUUAGCCCUCAACCACCGGGCUAGGCGAGGACUGACGGCCUCCUUGAGAUCUCAGUGGCUGCGAAACCCAACCUUUUGGCGCCCCCUCACCGCUCAACAGACUUGGCAUGGGCGGUCGCAGCGGUGGAACGGAUGGCCCAAGCGCGGAAUCCGGGUGGGUGAGGCCAGCAAACCUGGGCCAGAAGACCGCGAACGCUCACCGCCUCCCAAUAGGCACAGUGGUCGGACCUUCUGCCCUGUGGCCACUUGCCCGUGCUCCGCUCCAACCUCGCGCGGGUGGGCUUCCAUUCAGGCCAUGCGGCCGCACAUGGAUGACCAUGCGGCAGGGACCCUUCAGGGAGCACCUCCUCCAGCUUACCUCACAGCCGCCGGUUUGGAGUUGUGUGGGGUUUGUGGCCUCACGGUUGCCAGCCGCUAUAACGGAGCUCACCCUCGGUGCAGACCUACAGCCCGCUUCGCUGCCGGCGCAGGGCAUUCUCCUCAUGCCGGCCUUCUGCAAGCCAGCGCGGAUCCAGACCUCGCCCAAGUCUGCUCGGCAAGCAUCCCGGUCCUCAGGCAUGUCCCCAAGGUAGCCAGAACGGCCUUCGCUCAGUGCUUAGCCCGCGCCCUGGCUGAUGUGGUGUCGUUGGGGACCAUUGCGGCUUGGACCCAGCUUAUGAUGCUGCCCAAAGCAGUGCUGCGACCAGCGCCACGUGGUGGCCAACGACACUGCAAGCAAACUGGCCAGUUCACUCUCCGUCGCUGUGAGCGGUGGCUGGCAGGCGAGCGGGGUGAGCUCUGGGAAGCCCCUACUGGGCCUCGCAGGCGGCGUGCUGGAAGUGGUGACGAGGAUGCGGAUCGGUUGGCCCGGCAGUCUCGUUGCUUGCGCCUUGCGGGUGAAGGUGAAAUGUCUCGGGCUUGCGCUGCUCUGGUGAGCCCGCCACUACUGGAUGACACUGCUGAGAUCGCGACCAAACUCCGUGCCAAGCACCCCCAGGCACCUCCUGCCAUGCCGGCCAUGCUCCCGCUUGGCCCGCCAAGCCAAACGUCUGUCCCGGACCUCUCUGUGCAGGACGUGCUAGCAGCUGUCAAAAGUUUUCCACGUGGAAGUGCGGGCGGACCCACAGGCCUUCGCGGAGAUCACCUUCGCGAGGCACUUAACACUGCACAUGGGGAUGAGGUCGCAGCUCACCUCACCCAGGUCGUGCAAAUCCUACUUCGAGGACAGGCCCCGCCUGAACUCGCCGCGCACUUCGCGGGAGGCACCCUUUACGCCCAGCCUAAAGGAGCAGAUGACGUUCGACCUAUAGCGGUCGGGGAAGCCCUCCGCCGUCUGGCCUCUAAGUGUCUUUGCGCAGCUUUGCGGGAGGAGGCCCAGCGCUACCUCGCUCCUAUUCAAGUGGGCGUGGGUGUCUCCCUAGGAGCCGAGGCGGCGGUCCACACUGCUCGCCAUUGGGCGCACCGACACGCAGGACAUGCCAACAAGUGCUUCUUGACGGUAGACUUCACCAACGCCUUUAACAGCGUGGACCGCGCUUCCCUCCUCCGAGAAGUGCGGCUGCGCAUGCCCGGCUUGGCCCCCUACGUGGAAUGGUGUUAUGGCAACCAUACCCGGCUGCUAUUUGCAGGCUCACCAAUGACGUCGGAGGCCGGAGUACAACAGGGCGACCCACUGGGACCACUGCUUUUCGCGCUGGCCCUGCAGCCGGCCUUGCGAGCCGCCCAAGGCAGUCAGCUGGACCAGCGACCUGACCUCGUCUUCGCGUACCUCGAUGACGUUUGCCUGGCAGGGACCCUCCAACAAGUCAGUGCGGCCCUAGGGCGGCUUACGGCUGCCGCUCGACAAGUUGGCUUGGCGCUUAACCCCGCCAAGUGCGAACUCACCACCUGCAGCGGUGAUGGCUUGGUAGACAUGCGGUCCUUCCCCCCCGGUGUGAAGCUGAACCGCACGGGAGCUUUCUCGCUCCUCGGAGCUCCUGUCGGCAACACCGCGUUUUGUGAGGCUCAUGCUCAAACAAAACGUGUGGAGGCCAGCGCGCCGCUGCUCCAGGCCCUUGCGGAACUUGGUGACCCGCAGACGGGUUUGCUGCUCCUUCGCCAGUGCGCCUCCUUCUGCAAGGUUGCCUACGCCACGCGGGUCACCCCGCCUCUCUUGCACUGCCAAGCCAUGGACGCUUUUGAUGGGCAGGUUCGGGCUUGCUUGGAGAGGCUCUGUACCGGGCCUUUGUCUGCUGAAGCCUGGGAGCAGUCUUCGCUGUCAACCAGCUGUGGAGGUCUGGGGCUUCGCCACGCCGGACGUCAUGGUCCCGCUGCCUACAUCGCCUCCAUUGUCUCCACGACCGCCCUCUGCUCUGCCAUGGACACCCAAUAUGCUCCGGAGCUGCAAACCACGAUCGCGGCUUUCAACCAGGAAGUCUCGGCUGCCGACCGUGUGCCUUUUCCAGUGCCGACCCACCUCCGACAGCAGCAGCUGUCCAAGGCGCUUGACAAGGCAACGUUCGCUCAGCUGAGCCUUCCGGCUGCCGGCCGCGAAGCUUUCAGGGCUCACCUUCAGCUCCUGCAGCAGCCCGGUGCGGGCGCCUGGCUCCACGCCCCGCCUUGCGAAGCGCUUGGCUUGCACGUGGCGGCGCCUCUAUUCCGCGUCAUGGUGCAGCUUCGCCUUCGCUUGCCGGUGGCGGCCACUGACAUGGACUGCCCACUGUGCGAUGGCGUGGCGGACAGCCACGGCGACCAUGUUGGGACCCGGCUGCCGCCACUGCAGCACUCGACCAGCCGUGACGUGUCGCUGUUCGCUCUCGGGUCGCGCCUGGAUGUUCUGACAUCUGCCCAGGGGGGAAUCGACAUUGGGACAGGUUUGCAGGUGUUUGUAGCCGAGAAACCCAGCGAGCUGUCCAUGAUGCUGGCCGAUAUCCGGCAGAACAUGGACUUGAUCCAGCUUCAGAAGGAGCUGCUCACAAAGCACGAGCAGCUCUGUGAGAGCAUGCAGGUUGGCCUCAUUCUUGGGAAGCAUGUGAAAGGAUGCUCAGGUUGUCGAGCCUACAGAGACCGUGCGGCCUUCGUACCGCCGGAUUUCGACGUUCGACAGCCUCGAGGAAAGGCUGAAAACAGAGGCGCCACCAGAGUUUGCUGCGCCAAGCUCAACAGUAUGGAGGCCUCACCCGUCAUGCUCUUGCCUGCGCCGCACGAGUCUCGAAGUGCCUUGAGUCGGUGGCCCGUGUCCGAGCCAACGCGCACGGGCUUUCUGGCGAAGAUGCUCCUCAGCAGCUACUUCCAGGUGGUAUCCUUGGGUGUGAUCGUGCUGAAUACUGUGUACAUCGCCGCACUCACCAACUACGAGUUGUCUCGACCUGGCGAAGAGAUUCCGCAAAUCUUGUCCAUCGAGCUCGCCUUUUCCGCCUUCUAUCUGUUUGAGGUCCUUAUCAAGCUCUACGUCCACCGCUGCUAUUUUUUCUGCGCUCAGGACAGAUGGUGGAAUUUGUUUGACACCUUCUUGGUGGUGACUGUUCUGGCAGAGCACAUCUUCACAGCCGUCGCCUCCGGAAGUCUGAGCUCCGGCUCGGGGUUCGAUGUGAUGUUCCUGCGGCUGCUUCGCCUCUGCAAGCUGGCGCGGAUCCUCCGAAUCUUCCGGCAGCUGCACUUCUUCCAGGAGCUGAGGCUGAUGCUUGACUGCGUUGCGGGCUCCGUGGUGAACGCCUUUUGGUGUGUGACCCUGCUCUUCUUCACGAAGUUCAUCUUCGCCCUCCUUCUUGGGCAGGUCCUGGUAGGACACUGGGUCGAUGUUGCCCGGACCGAGGAGCCAGGGAGCACGGCGAACGCACAGAAGCUCAUGCAAUUCUUCCCCGGAGUGUUUCUGAGCAUGGUCACCCUGCUUCAGUCUACCACCAAUGGCGUCGACUGGAGCGAGCCCUUCGAGGCGCUGAGGGAAACUGGCUUCUUUCUGCCCGCCAUCUUCAUCAUGUUUAUCCUGCUCUUCGUCGUGUCUAUCUGGAACAUCGUGACGUCGAUCUUUGUCGAAGCCGCCUUGAAGGCGGCAACGCCCGACUUUGAUUCGGUGGUGUGGGAGCAGACAAGCCAAGAGAAGAAGCUGUCUCAGGAUCUCAUCGACGUCUUUGUUGGGCGCACCACCUUUCCAGGUGAGAACGUGGGAACCAUCUCUCUCGAGGCCUUUCGGCCGAUCGCGGAAGAUCCCCGCUUCCGGGGAUACCUGUCCGCAAGGGGCAUCGACAUCAAGAACGUCGAAUCUUUCUUUAGCAUGCUCACCUCGGACAAAGAGAAUGAGGAAGUGGACGUCAGAACACUGGCCAACGCGUGCGUUCGAAUGAAGGGUUUUGCAACCAGCAUCGACCUGCUCUCGCUGAGUUUCGACAUCAAGAAUACCUUUCGCAAGCAAACAGGCUUGUUCCUGCGGUUAGCCAAGAGCGUGAGGCGUGUGGAGGAGAUGCUGAUGGAGCAGAUGCCACAAGUACCAACAUCUGCAGUGUCCACGGCGCUGAACGAGCUUGGAGACCUCACAGUGAAUGAUGACACGGUCAGCUGCUCUUCGCCCAAGAUGGGCUAG